UAACAAUUGUUGCCAGCUCUUAGGGAAACAGCCAGGCAGGGAAAGCUAAGUCCUCAAGUGAAGGUGCAGAGAGCAGGUAACUACCUUGAGUUAUUCUAUUCAAUCCAAAGGCUUGAUGUCCAUAAACUUCCCAGGAAGGUAGUGAUAAAGACUACAACCCAGAACUCGUCUCUCAAACUACCAAGAACUUGGCAGGAUCUCACACAGAAGUGACACUGUGAUCCCAUCCGUCAUUCAAGCUAGAAACCAGCAAGAAAUCAGCUCCUUCGCUUCUGUCAAUUUGUGUAUGUAAAGAACAUCCAAGUUUGGUCAAUGCUACCUUUGAAAUUCACCUAUCUCCCGCAUCAUUACCAUUACCUAUUUUUCACUGUCAUCAUCUUUCACUUGACUAAUAGAUCUAACUAAAAAGAUGGCUAGUCAAUUUGACUGCCAAUACUGCACAGAGUCACUUCUGGGGAAGAAGUAUGUCCUAAAGGAUGAUAGUCCAUACUGUAUCUCUUGUUAUGAUCGCAUCUUCUCCAACUAUUGUGAGCAAUGCAAAGAACCAAUAGAAUCAGAUUCCAAGGAUCUUUGUUACAAAGGCCGGCACUGGCAUGAAGGAUGCUUCAAGUGCUCCAAAUGUAACUAUUCUUUGGUGGAAAAGCCAUUCGCUGCCAAGGAUGAACGCCUGCUAUGUACUGAGUGCUAUUCUAACGAGUGCUCCUCUAAGUGUUUCCACUGCAAGAAAACCAUCAUGCCUGGUUCUCGCAAAAUGGAAUUUAAGGGAAAUCACUGGCAUGAAACCUGCUUUGUAUGUGAGCAUUGCCGACAACCAAUUGGGACAAAGCCUUUGAUCUCCAAAGAGAGUGGCAAUUAUUGUGUACCCUGUUUUGAGAAGGAGUUUGCUCACUACUGCAACUUUUGUAAGAAGGUGAUAAAAUCAGAUGGAAUAACUUUUCGUGAUCAACUCUGGCACAGAGAGUGUUUUCUGUGUAGUGGCUGCAGGAAAGAGCUCUGUGAAGAAGAAUUCAUGUCCAAAGAUGAUUAUCCAUUCUGCAUGGACUGCUACAUUCAUCUUUAUGCCAAAAAGUGUGCAGCUUGUACCAAACCAAUUACCGGUCUCAGAGGUGCCAAGUUUAUCUGCUUUCAAGAUCGCCAGUGGCAUAGUGAGUGCUUCAACUGUGGAAAGUGUUCCACCUCGUUGGUGGGUGAAGGCUUCCUAACCCAGAACAUGGAAAUCUUCUGUCGCAAAUGUGGCUCUGGGGUAGAGACUGACAUCUAGAAGGAAACAGCCCCUCCCUACCCGAAAUCCACUUCGCAUUGUUCUCACUAAAUCAAGAAC